UUUUAAACCCUCUGAGAGCUAGACUUUCUUCAUCAGUAAGACUAAGAGCGACAACGAAGCAGAAAACUACAGAAAACUUCUCCAGAUCGCCUCACCUGCACCAAGGAUGUCUCUAUACAGCAGCUUUCUCCUGUCUGACGAGCAGUUCCAGUGCUCCAUUUGCCUGGAUGUGUUCACCAACCCUUCAUCCACACCGUGUGGACACAGCUUCUGCAUGGCCUGCAUCAGCCGAUACUGGGAUGGACUGAAGGUCUGCCAGUGUCCUCUGUGUAAGAAGACCUUCCAGAAGCGUCCAGACCUGCAGAUCAACCGGACACUGAGAGAAAUCACCGAGCAGUUCAAAUCCAUGAAGGGUGGAGGAGGAGGAGCUGGGAGGGAGAAGAGGGGAGGAAAGGGAGACACAGGGAUACCUGAGGAUUUAUACAACGAACUGAGGAGGAGGCUGCCUCGGCCUCUGCCGAGCAGUGAGGCUCCGACUCACAUCACACCCUCACUGGCUCCAUCGGUACCAAACUACAGUGCGAUCGCUGCCCUAACCAGUGCCAUCGUGCCUCCUCCACCUCCGUAUCCUUCCAACCGCUCCAGCGGCCGCAGACGCUUCACUCUGAGUGGGCCUGAAAGCAGCUGGAACCUCCCCAUCUGUGAGGUCCACCACCGAGGAAUAAUGCUUUACUGCAGGACUGAUCAGAUGUGUAUCUGUCCUGAAUGUGAGGAAGAAGAUCAUCCAGAUCACGACACAGUGACUGCAGAAUCAGAAUGGAUGAAUACUAAGGUUCUGCUGAGUGGAUCAGAGCAGAGGAUCCAGGAGAUGAUCAGACAGAGACUGAGGAAGAUCGAUGAGAUCAGAACGUCUGUCAGUGAGCUGCAGCUGAAGGUGGAGCGGGAGACAGCAGGUAACGUCCGCCUGUUCUCCAUGCUGGUGUCGGCCAUCGAGCGCUCCCAGGCCGAGCUGAUGGAGGUGAUGGAGAUGAGCCGGAGGGCGGCGGAGCACCAGGCCGACACCAUGAUCCGGCAGCUGGAGUUGGAGGUGGAGGAGCUGAGGAGGAGGGAGACCGUCCUCGCCGAGCUCGCCCAAUCAGACGACUGCAUCCACUGUGUGAAGACGUUCCCCACGGUGUCCAGCCCCCCACCGGCCAAAGACUGGUCGGCUGCCUCGGUGAAGUCGGACCUGGGAACUGGAACCAUCUACAGGUCUCUGGCUGUGCUGGUGGAAAAGUUCCAGGAAGAACUGAAGAACGUUGCAGAAAAUGGUUUUCCUGGCCCGGUGGUAGAACCCAGUCCGAUCCGAUCUCUGCCCAGGAUGAAGAGGGUCCAGGAAUAUGCUCUGGAUGUAACUCUGGACUGUAACACCGCUCAUCCCAGACUGGUUCUGUCAGAGGACAUGAAGAGUGUCCGGUGUGCAGAUAAACACCAGCUGCUGCCAGACAACCCAGAGAGGUUUGACCGAGUGGUCUGUGUGCUGGGGAGGGAGGCCAUCACUUCUGGGAAACACUACUGGGAGGUGGAGGUUGGUGGGAAGACGGACUGGGAUCUGGGCGUGGCCAAACAGUCCAUCAACAGGAAGGGGAAGAUCGAAUACACUCCCAGUAACGGAUACUGGUUCCUCAGUCUGAGAGACAAGAAUAAAUACGCUUUCCGUACCGAACCUUCCACAGACGUCAACCUGAACCACCGGCCUCAUAAGAUCGGGAUAUUUGUGGACUUUGAGAAAGGACAGGUGUCUUUCUACAACGUGGAUGCUAGAAUCCACAUCUACACCUUCAAUGUGACGUUCUCUGAGAGCGUCUUCCCGUUCUUCAGCCCCUGCACCAACAAGUCAGGGAAGAACGACGCUCCGCUCAUCAUCACACCGGUCAACAUCCUGGAGUGAUUUUACACUUUAUGGUUCUUAUUCUGCUGCUUCAUUACCUGCUCAUGUUUUAUAUUAAUAUGAAUAUCCAUCGGUGGCUCCUUAAAGUCUCUGUUGACUGUGAGCAGUUUAUAUAUUAAAGCUAAACAACAAAUGUGAUCAUUUAUUAAAGCUAAACUCGCUUCCUGACGUCGGUAUUAAACAGAGUUCCUGCAGUUUUUAUCUCAGGAUGAAACUUUGGAUUUAUAGUUUAACUUUUGCUGUCUUGUUGAUAACUUGACGAAAAGAUUGAUUCCCCACUCAUAUAUGUACAUAAAGAAAUGAAGCUAUAGGCUAGUUAGCUUAGCUUAGCAUAAAGCCUUUGAGUAGGUGGAAACAUGUUUGUCUAUUGUUUCUUUUUUUUUUUUUAAAUCAUUUUUGUCUAGUUUUUUCCUUUUUUGUCACUUUGUCACUUUUUUAUCAACUUUUUUGUCUUUUUUGUUUUGUUUCAUGUCACUUGUCAAAUUUUUUGUCAUUUUCUCAAUUUUGUCAUUUUAUGUCUCAUUUUUAUAAUAUUUUGUCUUAUUGUUAUUUGCCUUUUUUUGUCUCUUUCGUUGUUUGUCUCAUGUUGUUUUGUUUCUUGUUUUUGUCUCGUUUGUGUUUUUUUGUCUUUUUUUCAUUUUGCGUUUCACUUUGUUUUGUGUAUCAUUUUUGAUGGGUUUUGUUAUCCCGCUUCUGUUGUUCGUCUAUUUUUUUGCCGUUUUGUUUCUUUUUCUGUUAUUUUUAUCUCGUUUGAGUCAUUUGUGUAAUUUUUUUGUCUUAUUUUUGUCCAUUUUUUGUCGCUUUGUCACUUUUUAGCAACUUUUUACUCUUGUUUUGUUUCAUGUCGUUUGUCCCAUUUUUUGUCAUAUUGUUUCUCAGUUUUGUCGUUUUUUGUCUCAUUUUUGCAAUAUUUCAUCUUGUUUUUGUUGUUUUGUCUUUUUUGUCUGACUUUUGUUGUUUUGAUCAUAAAGUAAAAUAUAUUGUUUAGUUCCAGAUGCCUGAGACUAAAUGUUUUGUUCCUUUGUAGAAACUCUCUGAAAACUGUGGAAACAUUAAAAAUGUAAAUCAAAGGGUAAUAAUCUAUCAGCUGGGGGAUAAAAAUGUCCUGUAAAACAACAGAAAAUAAUUCUACCUGAUAAAAAAUAUAAUAGUUUUCCAUCCUCAGAUGAAUUUUCUGUGAUAAAUUUGCCUUUUUUAAUGUUUACUUGUGUAAAAAAUGUACAUAAAUCUAUACAUAGCGAAAUGAGAUAUAUGAAAACAGUAUUUUGACAGUUUAUCCAUAUUAUACACUGAUAUAAACACAUUCAUUCAACAUUUUAGUUGAAAAAACUUGCAAUUACAUAAGAAAUAUCUCAUUUAACAAAUAAAUCUGUGUGGAAUUACAAAAGCCUUCUGUGAAUUAGAACUAAUUGGAUCUAAUUUUAGGGUUUAAUUUAGUGUUAUGUAUGAAAUGGAAAAAAACUUUGUGAAAUACCAAAUUUGCAAUGUGUUUAACAGUCUGUUUUAUGUAAAAUAAAAUAAUGUGUUUUAUUAAAAUGUUGUUAUUCACAGUUACUUUUUGUGAAUGUUAUUUUGCAUUAGACGUGUACAUUUACUGUCUAUUUUUAUAAUUUUAGGGAUAUUGUAAUGAUCAUUUCUUUAAAAAAUACUAAAAAUCCUGCAUAGUAAAACAUU